AUUUUAUUAUGGGUUUACAUAAAUCUAAAGUCAUCAAAAAAAUUAAAAUGGAUAUGCAAUCAUAAGCUCUUAAAAAAGCUCCAAUUACUUAAUUAAAAGUUUCUAUCAAGAAAACUGAAAAAAAAUCAGAUGCACUUAAAAGUACCAAUUCUUAAUUUAGAAAACAUUAAUUUAUUACAGAAAAGAAGGUGUAAUUAGAUUAAUCUAAAAUUCAAUCUAUUAUUGAUUCACUUAAUAAAUACUAUUACUCUAAUAAUGAUGGUGAUCGCAAAAUUUAUUUAAUAGCUGAAUUACAAAAAAUACCAGAAUUAAUUGAAACACCAAUUAUAUAAAUGUAAUCUAUUUCUCUAAUUAGUCCUCUCAAAGAAGCUAUACAUUCCAAAAUUGGAUUUGUUGUACAUGGUGAUAUUCUAGAAGAAUUCUAAAAAAAAUAUCCAUAAUAUAAUGUUAUGAGUUAAAAUUUAUAUUUAGCUGGAAAAUCCUUCCCUAAUCUUGAUUUGAUUCUUAUUGAUUAUACACUCUAUAAUAAGAUAAUUGAUAAGAAACCUAGCAAGUAAUAUAAAACCUAUUAAAUUUUAGGAAAAUAUUCCCAUUUCAUCCAUCUAAAGUACCUUUUGAUUAUAAGAAACAUUAUAAUAUUCAAGAAUAUUCAGAAUACAUUCAACAUUUGAUUGGAAGUACCUUCAGUGUAAUGAGAAAUCAAGCCAAAUAAAUUAUUCCGAUUGGGAAAGUUGGUCAAAGUGGAACUAUUGAUAAUGUUUUGAAAGGAGCAAUUGAUUUUAUUGCUAAAUUACUAACACAAUGUAAAGGGAAUAGUAUAGAACAUUUAUAUUUAAAAACUAACAAAUCAAUUGAGUUAUUAAUAUAUUGA